AUGGCCGCCCCGGAUCCCUACCUCCUCGCCGCCACCAUCAUCACACAGCACGAGCACAUCAAAAUCGCCCUCGACGCCGCACGCGCUCCCCCAGCCACCACCCACAAUGACCCAACCCAACAGCAGCCCCCCUCGCUCUCACCCCAGGAUCCGCGCCGCAUCUUUGUCAUCGUAUCAAACGUAAGCUCCAACCUAGAACAGGCUGCCAUCCUCGUCCUCAAGCCAAGAAACAAGGAUCCAAACACCGCCGCCCUCCUCGCAGUCAUACCCAUCCUACCCCAGAUCGACGUACAGCUCCACCAGCAUCCCAACCAUACACGUGCAUCGUCAUCCGCGCCCCCCUCGUUUCCCUCGUCCCGAUCCCUUCCCUCGAUCCAGUCCAUCCUCGACCUCAUCUCCCAGCCCACCGGGCCACCAGCACCCGCAUCAAACCCCCCCUCCUCCUCGCCCUCCUCCUCGCCCUCCUCCUCCUCUUCGGACUCGCACCUCGGAUUCACCAUAUCCUGCGCAGGACAGUCGGCCAGCGCAACCACCACCGACACACAGGGCCUAAAGGACUUCCUCUCGGUCCUCCGCGACCUCACCGCCAUCGCAACCGAAAACGCCUUCUCCCUCGCCACUUCCCACCAAUGGCUCGCCGCCUACUCCGACGACCUGCCCAUCAACCCUUACUCGACCCCUUCCCAUCCCCAGGUGCCCAUCUUUGAGCGCUUCUCCCGCAGCGCCAUCCUGCCCCCCUCGCUCCAGCCAAACGGCCACGCAUCCUCCACCACCCGACCCCCCUCGCCCGCCUCGGACGAGGUGCGCAUCUCGCUCGGCACCUUCAACGUCGCAGGACACUGGCCCCAAGACGACCAGAACACCAUCAACGGCAUGAAGCGCUGGCUUCGCGCGCACGACGACCCGGACCUCAUCGCCCUCGGCUUCCAGGAGGUCGACACCUCGGGCGGCGCCUACCUCUACUACUCGCCCGCCAGGGAAGAUGCCUGGACACGCGCGGCAGUCCAGGCAAUGGGCAGGAGGGCGGGCGCCUACACAAAGGUGGCGUCCAAGCAGCUCGUCGGCCUCCUCAUCCUCGUCUUUGCGCGCGACUCGAUCAAGGCGUCCAUCGCCGACCUGGCCACGGCCAGCGUCGGCGUGGGCCUCGGCGGCUUUGUCGCCAACAAGGGCGCCGUGGCGGUGCGCAUGCAGCUCGGCCGCCGCUCCAUCUGCCUCGUCAACUCGCACCUCUCGGCCUUCGAGGGGCUGCAGGCCAUGGAGCGCCGGUGCUGGGACUGGAGCGAAAUCUACCGGCGGAUGAGGUUCAGGGUCACGUCGGAGGCCGUGACGGAAGACGAAGGCCAAGGUGGCGCUGGUGUGGAUGCUGACCACGCGGCGGAGCAGAUUGCACUGCCGCCGUCGCCCGAUCCAGAGGACCCAAAGAUUGCCUCGCCUGGCGAUGCGACCUCGAGCCAGGAAGGAGCGGGGGAAGCAUCGUCGACUAAGGAGGCGGCGGUGGCGGCAGGGGGAGACGCCGCUGUGCCCGCCGGAAGCGAGGCGAACGCGCCAGCGACGGCAGAGGCUGCAGCGACGCUGGCACGAGCCGUCGCCGAGCGCGCCCUCAGCGACCCCACUCAGCCCACUGGGUCAGCCGCCGUGCAGCAGGACAACGCCGAUGCAGACACGUCGGCCGCCUGGAAGCCGCAGGACCCACAGGUGGCCGAGUACUCCAUCCGGGAUCACGACAUCAUCCUCAACAUGGGCGACCUCAACUUCCGACUGGACCUCGACAACCGGGAGGUGCACCGGCUGAUCCAGGAGCGCGACUAUGCGCUGCUGUCGCGGUACGACGAGCUCUUCUCGCUGCGCCGCAGCGGCAGCCUGUUUGACGACUUUGACGAGGGCGCGCUGGCGUUUGCGCCGACGUACAAGUUUGACCGCGGCACGGACCGGUACGACACGAGCGAAAAGAGGCGCACGCCCGCCUGGACGGAUCGCGUGCUGUGGUGCGUCACGGCCGAGUGGGAGUGGGAGCGGGAGCGGGAGCGGGAGCGCAAGGCGACGGAGCUGGACAAGGAGCGGCAGGCGGAGAGCGACGGGAGAGCGACAGAGAUGGAGACGGACAAGGAGAGGCAAGACGCGGAUGCGGAUGCCGACGUCGAUGCUGCGCAUGCCAAGCGGCAGAGGCAGGGCAUCGUCCUGCAGCGGUACGAGAGCAUCCCCGAGGUGCGCUUCAGCGACCAUCGCCCGGUCCACGCUUCCUUCCUCGUGCGGAUACAGUGA